ACUGAAUCUCAUGAAAAGAUGGACCUUAUGGUGUAAUGCUUUUAAGUGAUAUUUAAUUUUGGGUUCGCUGGCUUGUGAAGGUUUGUGAAGAAAAAAGAAAAAGGCGGGAUUUGGGCCAUGAUGUGGUAGCUUAGCUUGGCCCAGGCAGUUGCAGUUUUCUUUUAUAAUUUGUCAAAGUGGGGGUUUAGGUUAGGGUUUUGGAUCAACUAGAUAUGAAACAAUUUCUGAGGAAGGCUCCUUUGCGAAACUCAAUAAUUCGGACCCUAGCUUAUGCUGCUUCCGGGUCGGGGAUUCUCUAUGCAAACAUCAAUUCUGAUUCUGAAAUCAAGAAUUAUUACUGUUUAUGUGUUACAGACGCGGCAGUAUCGCUGUCCUUUCCUGCGCAUUUGCGUGAAUCUCUAUCAGAGGCUUUGAUCUCUUUGAAUCCUUCAUUUAUUUGUGCAGAUAACUGGCACUUUGGAAAUCUACCAUUAUUUUCUUCUAGAGCUAGUCCUGUUCCAGCAGCGGACAUAGACAGAGAGAGUUCCGGUUUUGCUGGAGAGGAUAAAAAACCAAGUUGUGGAUGUCUAGGUAGAGACACUAUAGCCGACGCUGCUGCUAAGGUUGCGCCUGCUGUUGUCAAUCUAUCUGUCCCACUAGGAUUCUAUGGGAUUAGUACUGGAGAAAGUAUUGGCUCUGGGACUAUUAUUGAUUCAGAUGGCACUAUCUUAACUUGUGCUCAUGUUGUGGUGGAUUCUCAAGGCAGGAGGGCUUUAUCCAAAGGCAAGGUACAUGUGACUUUGCAAGAUGGUCGGACAUUUGAGGGUACUGUAGUGAAUGCUGAUCUACAUUCUGAUAUUGCUAUGGUGAAGAUAAAAUCUAAAACACCACUGCCUACGGCAAAGCUUGGAUCUUCAAGUAAGCUUCGCCCUGGGGACUGGGUAAUAGCUAUGGGCUGCCCACUUUCACUUCAAAAUACUGUCACAGCUGGUAUUGUAAGUUGUGUUGACCGUAAAAGCAGUGACUUGGGUCUUGGAGGCAUGCGAAGAGAGUAUUUACAGACAGAUUGUGCAACCAAUGGAGGAAAUUCUGGUGGGCCACUUGUUAAUGUUGAUGGAGAAGUUGUUGGUGUUAAUAUCAUGAAAGUAGUGGCUGCAGAUGGAUUAAGUUUUUCUGUACCAAUUGACUCGGUGACCAAAAUCAUAGAGCAUUUGAAGAAGAGUGGGAGAGUGAUUAGGCCUUGGCUUGGCUUGAAAAUGAUUGAUCUCAACGAGAUGAUCAUUGCUCAACUUAAAGAGAGAGAUUCCAGAUUUCCUAAUGUCAAUAGAGGCAUUCUUGUACCCAUGGUAACACCGGGGUCGCCUGCCGAUCGUGCAGGAUUUCGACCUGGGGAUGUUGUAAUUGAAUUUGACAGGAAGCCUGUUGAAAGCAUCAAGGAGAUUAUUGAAAUUAUGGGGGACAGGGUCAGGAUUCCGUUGAAGGUAGUUGUGAAAAGAUCAAAUGAUAUUUUGGCUACUCUGACUGUUAUUCCAGAGGAGGCAAAUCCAGAUAUGUGAAUCACACAAUGACUCUCUUACUGAGACAUGCUAACCUCCGAUCCGCUUUAUGAAAGUGAAGUGAGGUGGCCCCCCGAGUUGAGAAUUUUUAGUAAAAUUGGUUAUUUCAUUUAUACGUAUGAGGAAGAACUUGCAGUGGAAGAUACAACAAAAAACAUUUUUGUGGAGGAUCAAUUUUAAUACUUAUUCUGUUUGUCCUUUGGUUGGGUUUACUUAAGCAAUGGGGUAUUGAAGAAUCAUUCAUCUUGGGAAAUAAUGGAAAGCUGAAACCUUGGACUUAUCAUGCCUUGUCUCCCUCUCUUCAAUUUUAAUCAACGGUUUCUCUUUUUGGUCCCUGUGAAAA